ACUCUUGUUUACAGCUUCUGUGGGUUAAUCUUAUCAUGGAUACUCUUGGAGCUCUGGCUUUGGCUACUGAACCACCAACAGAUCACCUGAUGCAGAGGCCUCCUGUUGGUCGAAGAGAGCCUCUCAUUACUAACAUCAUGUGGAGGAACCUGCUUAUCCAAGCUAUAUAUCAAGUUACUGUCCUUCUAGUUCUCAAUUUUCGAGGCAAGAACUUGCUGCAUCUGGAGCAUGACUCUGUUGACCAUGCUAACAAAGUGAAGAACACAUUAAUAUUCAAUUCAUUUGUCCUCUCUCAGAUCUUUAAUGAGUUCAAUGCUCGGAAGCCAGAUGAAAUGAAUAUUUUUGAAGGACUCACUAGAAACUAUCUCUUUAUGGGCAUAGUUUUUAUAACAGUUGUGCUUCAGGCCAUUAUUGUCGAGUUUCUUGGGAAGUUUGCCUCAACAGUCAAGCUGAGCUGGAAGCUUUGGCUGGUUUCAAUAGCCAUUGGUUUUAUCAGUUGGCCCCUAGCUUUCAUCGGCAAAUUGAUACCUGUACCAGAAACCCCUUUGAGUGAUUACUUGACAAGAAUAUUCUGCUGCAGAAGAAGUGCCCAAAGAAGUGAAGAAAAGCGUGAAGAACAGCUUGAAGGUUCACAUUAGUGAUGAAAACCUGUUUCUAAACUUACGUGGUUGAAUCUUUUUCUUGGUUCUUUUGCUUGUAGGAGAAAAAAUGCGGGUAUCUGGUAUCAGUUCUCGUCUUCCUUUUUUACAAGCAUUACACCUUUAAGACUUGGAAGCUUUUUAAUAACUUUAUUUGGAGUAUUGGAAGCUUUUUAAUACUGGAUUGGAUUAGAUUGGAUUGGAUAAGAUAAUAAAAUCUAAUCUCAUGAAGUGAAGGAACGCGUGAAGAACAGCUUGAAGGUUCACAUCAGUGACCAAAACCUGUUUCUAAACUUACGAGGUUGCAUCUUGCUUGGAGUUACAAAUAUCCACAAUGCUAAGCAACUGACUCACAAUGUACAAAAAUAAUUAGUACAAAGGAUUUUCAUUCUCUUCUGCAUGUUCCUUUUCUCUUUAUUGUCUAUUUGUUAUCUGAACCUUUUUUGUCCCCCAAAUCAAGUGGCUCUUAAGCAUCAUUUUCAAUAACGAAGUGGAGGUGAA